GAAAGAUUAAACCCUUCAGAAGCUAACAGACUAGGGCAGAAUCAAGAAGAUCAUACAUUAGAAGAUACAUCUCUGCUGGUAUUUUAGGGAAUCUACAAUGGAAGGACACAAGAACACUCAGCUAGAUUAUGAUCUCCCUCUUUCCUUCAGCUCCUAUCCAUCCAUACCUCACCGCUCUCCGCCCCAAGCACCCCAUUGCCCUCCUGAAGUGAUAGCCAUUGCAAAGCCAUUACCCUCCAAACCAGCCCUUCCAAGGUCAGAGAAAGUGGAAAUCUUAAGAUUGGUCCAGUCAAAGAGGAACAUUAACAGUUUGAACAUGGACCUUGAAAGGGAUAUGCAGAGAAUAGAUGAAGCAAAUCAAGAACUUCUUCUCAAAAUCCACGAGAAAGAAAACGAGAUUCAGAGGCUGGAAAGUGAGAUCACCCAGACCAGAGACUUGACUGAAGAUGAGGAGUGGGAGAAGGAGAACUGCACCGCAGUAGAGAGGGAAAAAGCCUUGCAGGAGCUGGAAGAAGAAACAGCCAGACUCGAUAGGAAGAAUGAGACUCUGGUCCACAGUAUAGCAGAACUUCAAAGAAAGCUUACAAGAAAAUCACAUAAGGCAACCAAGUGUGAACAAGACAAAACAGAGGGAUCCCCAGAAGAGUCAAAGGCCAAGUUACAACAGCUGGAAGCUUCCUGUGCAGACCAAGAGAAAGAGCUAGCCAAGGUAAUGGAAGACUAUGCAUUUGUGGCUCAGCUCUGUGAGGACCAGGCCCUCUGCAUAAAGAAGUACCAGGAAACACUGAGGAAAAUAGAAGAAGAACUAGAGACUCGGUUCCUUGAAAGAGAAGUAUCAAAAGUCUUGAGCAUGAAUUUUGUAAGAAAAGAGUCUAACAGCCAAAAUCAUAAGGAUCAUUCUCUACAAAAGAAGGGAACACGGUUCUGCAAAAGGAUUUUUCAACAUGUCUUUUUCACCACCCUAUUUUUCAUCAGACUGCUGGGCUACUUGUUUUUCCAUAUAAGUUUUAUAAAUCCAGAUCUCCUUAUCAACAUACUGCCCAAGAUACUGAACAGGGACAUCCUGUGGAAGCUAAGAUGCUUCCUCUUUCCAUCUCUCACACUUGAGACAGAGGACAUGUUACCUCACUGAUCUCCAAGAAAUAUCCUUGAGCAAAAAAAGACAAGUGGUGUCUGAGUCUGUAGACUAAGAGACGGCGGGAUUCGUGGAGGGAAAAGGUUUUCUGGUUUUCUUCAGUUUUCCCUUGAGGUCUGUCUACUUGAUCACCUUCUCUUUCCAUGUUGACUUUCCAAGACUGACCUUGCCCGGGAAAAAGCUCUGUCAAUAGAUUUCUAGAACUACAGAUAAGCUAAAUGUACCAGAUAGUAAACAAACUAGACCAUUUUUAGAAUAAUGUCAUAGAUGUUAAGCAAAGUUAGAGUUGACCAAUUUUUCUGGAAAAAUCUUUAAAAUCUGAAAGACUGGAUCCCUGCCUGCAAUGCAAAAGAUUGCUCACUACUUACAUUAGAAUUAUUUGGUUACAAAUGACCUGAACUUAAACUAAUUUAUAAAUUCAUAGGAAAAAAAAAAAAAAAAAGCAGGGGGUUGUAUAUUGCCUUGUGCAACUAAAAAUCUGAGGUUCCCAGCAUGGCUGGAUCCAGAAGUCUCAAAGCAAGAUUAAAGGGGUUUCACAACUCUAUCUUUGAAUUGGCAUUCUCCUUUUAGUGGCAAGACAUUGCCAAAAGUCUAAGUCCCAUAGUACAAGAUUAGCAGAUUUCGCAAAACCAGUCUUUUCAACAGUUCCAGGAGGAAACUUCAGAGAAACUGCCUUAGCUGGGGUCAAGUGCC